AUGAUAGUAGAUAUUUCUUGUAAUAUUACUGAUUCACAAUUUAAAAAUGUAGAAGAUACUAUUUUAAAAUGUAAAGAAGCAAAAGUCAUUCCUAUUUUUGUAGGCGUGGAUUAUACAACUAGUCUUAAAUCUUGUAAUUAUGCAGAAAAAUUCGACACGCUUUUUUAUGCAGGCAUUCAUCCCCUUUAUUCAGAAAAUUCAGUUUAUAUUCCUGUUAACAGUGAUAGGUGUAUAGCCAUAGGAGAAUGUGGAUUGGAUUAUUAUAGACUACAGUUUUCUUCAAUCGAAACACAAAAACGUAUUUUUAAAGUACAAUUAGAUUUAAAAGCAGAACGAUACUUUUUGCACUGCAGAGACAGUCACAGAGAUUUUAUGGAAAUUUUAUCGGAUUACAAUUUUAAAGGAGUAGUACAUUCAUUUACAGGAACAGUAGAAGAAAGUAAAGAAAUAAUAAAAAAAGGGCUAUUCAUCGGCAUAAAUGGUUGCUCAUUAAAAAAUGAAGAAGGAAUAGAAGUUGUAAAAAAUCUACCUCUUAAUUCCAUUUUAGUUGAAACAGAUAGUCCUUACUGUAAAAUUAGAAAAAGUUAUGCUGGUUAUAAAUUUGUAAAUAAUUAUCAGAAGCAUAAAUCUAAUGAACCAUAUUUAAUUUAUGAAAUAAUAGAAGCUAUUGCAAAUAUAAAAAAUAUACCAAUUAAUAUUUUACUUGAUACACUGUUAUCCAAUAAUAUAAAUUUUUAUGGAGAGAGACUGGUUGAAUGUUUUGAAAAGUGGAGAUUAUAG